UCGCUGUCAUCCACUCGCGGCCAAACACAAACCUCAGUUACUAAUUGGUUUGAUCGUCGUGAUUUCGCAUAGCAAUGGAAUACGUAGCGCGGUGGACUAUUGGAGCGCCGCCGAGUUUGAUCAACGCAAAUUAUUUUAUUUUCUUUGGGUGGCCUCCCGAUCUAGUCCGCUGUAGCUGCUAACAACAUGCAAGGACGCGCAAAACCGUCAUGAAUAAAUGACGUCGUUUUAUGGAAAAUUCGGAACAAAAAUGGAGUUUAGUUGUCAUUUUUUUGUGAGGAUUACACGUAAAAUGUGUCUACCAGCGCUGGUGCUUCUUUACGCCACUUUACUUCUCGGGUUGACAGAUUGCUCCGAUGCGACAUCGACGUUCGAAGGCCGACCUGAAAAGCAGCUUGUCUCCGACCUGCUGGCGAACUACGGUCCGACCUCGGUGAGACCUGUCAAGAACUCAUCCACCGUCUCAGAAGUGUUCUUCAGGCUGCUCCCAAAGGAACUCAUUGGCUUCGAUGAGGCACAUCAACAGAUUAUGCUACUCAACUUCAUGCGAAUGAUGUGGAUUGAUGAGAACUUGACGUGGGACCCAAACGAUUACGGAGGAGUCAACAUUACCACUCUCAGACCAAGUGACGUAUGGCGCCCUGAUAUAUCACUCUACGAAAAUGCCCAGAAAGACUUUAUCAGUAUACAGGAGACCUUCAUACUGGUCUCGUAUAACGGGUCCAUGGACUGGUACUUUCCCGCCUUUGUGACGUCAGUAUGUCCAAUCGAUAUUACCUAUUUCCCUUACGACGUUCAAGAUUGCAAGAUCUCCAUCGGUCCCUGGGCGUACAUGAAAAGCAUGGUGCAUUUCCAGCUCUCUAAACAAGGUGACACCACAAUCGAUAUCUUCAACAGGAACGGGGUCUGGAUCUUGGAACGGUCUGGCGGAAUCAACAAGGACGCGGUCCUCUGCUGUGACAACAGGACCUGGUCUAUAAUCGAGUACAACAUCACCAUCCGUCGCAUGUCGAAGUUCUACACCAAGACCGUCGUCGUGCCGGCCUUCCUUCUGACCCUGUUAAUGGCGGUCGUCUGUUGGCUACACCCAGCGUCUGGUGAGAAGGUGACCUUGGCGGUCAGUAACCUUCUGGCGUUGAUCCUCUUCCAGCAGCUUGUGGCAGAUAGGAUGCCACCUAGUGGAGAGACAACGUCUAUUAUAGUAAGUUUCUUUAUAGUAAUGAUCGCCAUGUGCUGUGCAGAGGUCCUCUGUGCCAUCUUUGUUCUUCGGAUCUACCACAUGGGAGGACAGACCGAGGUCCCGUGGUUGCUUCGAAGAGUGAUGCUCUGUCCAUUCAUCCUUCCUCUCUACAACAGUCAGGAGAGUAAAGAGGUCUUUAGAGCACAACAAACGAAUUAUAAAAAACGUCGAAGAUCGAAGCGUGUCGAUAUUCCGUCAGACAAAACCAGAGAACCUCCUCCUCGCAACUUCAACGGGCCAUCCCUUGAAACUGCACGGGAAGCUGAGGGAGCAGAUCCUGCUAGCAAUUCGCUCCUUGUCAGCCACGCUAACAACGUACGCCACCUUCACCCGAACACCAGCCAUGAUUACCAUAAAGAAAUUGACCCGGAAAUGAUUGGACAAACAUGGCGCGAUACUGCUAUCGUUAUCGAUAAACUGAUAUUUUUCAUACUUCUGCUGGUGACUGCCACAUCAUGGGUUUAUAUGAUCGUAUCGUUUUCAUUUCAUUUCUAACUAUUCUAAAAGGAUGCGGAUAUAUAUAUAUAUAUAUAUAUAUACGGUACAUUACCGAAGCACACAUGUGCACAGUCUACAUGAAUAUUCAUGGUACUUCAUAAAACAAUAACACCUAUAGCAAAAAGGAAAAUAUUGCAUGGCUAUACUUUCCAAAUUGAUUGUAAUAUUCUUCUAUUGAAAGACGAAACGAUAGCACGACGACAUCAAUGUGGCUUAUAUGGCUUGUAUCUUCAUAAGAGACAUGAAUCGUACCCAUAACUCAUGCUCUAUGCGAAUAUGAAAAUAUAUUUGGUGACUAAAGGACUUAUUUAAAAGAU